GAGAAAUACGGCUGCUGCAGAGAGAGAGGCAGAUGAACUACAGAUCCCGACAUCCCCUGGUGGGCAGCACCUGCAGCAGUCCCUGCACACCGAGGGGAUGAGGAUGAGGAUGGAGGGCGGGGAGGAGACGCAGGGCGCUGCGGGGCUGCGCUGCACCUGGGACAUCCUGCCGCCCGCCGGCACCCAGGCCAAGUGGGUGAAGCUCAAUGUGGGGGGCACCAUCUUCCUCACCACCAGGCAGACCCUGUGUCGGGAGCAGAAAUCUUUCCUGUGUCGCUUGUGCCAGGGCGAGGAGCUGCAGUCAGACCGGGAUGAGAACGGUGCAUAUCUAAUAGACCGGGACCCCACUUACUUUGGACCCAUACUGAAUUUCCUCCGUCAUGGGAAGCUGGUUCUGGAUAAAGAUAUGGCUGAAGAGGGGGUUCUAGAAGAAGCUGAGUUCUAUAACAUCGGGCCUUUAAUCCGAAUAAUCAAGGAUAGACUGGAGGAGAAGGAUUACACAGUAACUCAGGUGCCUCCCAAGCAUGUCUACCGGGUGCUGCAGUGCCAGGAAGAGGAGCUCACUCAGAUGGUUUCCACUAUGUCAGAUGGAUGGCGGUUUGAGCAGCUUGUGAACAUUGGCUCAUCUUAUAACUAUGGGAAUGAGGAUCAGACAGAGUUCCUGUGUGUAGUCUCCAAGGAGCUGUACAACUCUCCCAAUGGCACGAGCUUGGAGCCCAGCCAUAAAGCCAAGAGCACAAAGGAGGACCCGGAGGAGGAAGAGCAGGAGGUGGAGGAGGAGGUGGAGAAGGAGGCAGAGGCAGAAGCAGAAGCAGAGGAGAAAGGUGCAGCAAAUCCAUGAGGAAAAUGAUAAAAAUAAGCAUAGACCCGUCCACCCGUCUGGUGAGAGUUCACAGCUAGUGGCAGGGAAGCUCUAGGGUUGGGGGAAAAAUCAUUCCAGGGAGCAGGAGUUGCUCUGGGGAUGACGAUCACGGGGGAGAGCUGUUACCUUGGCUGCUGCUUUGCAUUUUUAACAAUUUGGUUUAUUUAUUGUUUUAUUUUUGUUUGCAGACUGUCCAUCUACUCAGGAUUCUUCUAAACUCUUUCUUCCUCUGGACCCUCCUUCCUGCUCCCCUACCCUCUGCUCUCCAUUUGUCACUGAGAUGUUUGU